UUAUUUUUAAUAACACUAUAAUUUUGCACUUUUUGAUUUAUGAUUUCAUAAUAUUCCAAACCAAAGUAUUAAUAAGCAAAGCAAUGGGCAUGGUUUUCCCAGAGCACAACUCCACUGGAAUUCUUUCUUUCUCUCUCUCGCCCUCCCUCAGUCGCUAAUUAGCUGUAGCUAAUAUAUAUACACACGCACACCCAUUGCCUCUCCCCGAAUUGCUUUCUAAUCUAAUACUUGCUGCUCCCACUUCUCCUUGUGCUGUCUACGUAAUCAUGUCUUAUUACGGUCAGCAGCCUCACUUCCUAGAAGCAUGUUUUCUUUGCCGUAAACCUCUUGGCUACAACUCCGAUAUCUUCAUGUACAGAGGGAAUACACCAUUUUGUAGCAAAGAAUGCAGACAAGAACAGAUAGAGAUGGACGAGUCAUCCUCAAGAAAGAAGAAGAGCUGGAAAAUUUCAUCUUCCUCUACUGCUCGAUCUAUCAGGAACUCUGAGUCUGAAGACAACUCCCCCAACACCCCUUCUGUACGAACCGGCACGGUUGCUGUUGCUUGAUAUCUAUAUAUGAUGACAAUCAAUCGAAACUAUUAAAGCCAAUUUUGAAGUUUCAGGCAAAUCAGAUCUAUGAAAUGCAGCGCCUCCAGUCUUGAUCUGUAAAGAAGAGGUGGAAACUGGAACUGGAAUAUGAUUGAGAUACGAGAAACAAAGCAACAAUAUCCCUCACAGAUUUUGCUCUUUUGGUUCUUUCUUUUUUUCUUUUUUCUUCUUUUUCAAAUUUUAUUUUCUGGGUUGGUGGUAAUUAUUGAAUAUUGCUUAUAAAGAUCGAAGAGGAUGAAUGGAUGGAUUGUGCAAUUGUUCUACCAUCAUUUCUCGUCUCAGUUGUUUAAAAGGAGAAAACAACAGUCUCGAGGCAAUCAAAUUAACAGCAUCCAAGAAGAGAGAUCCUUUUUCAAUUUCAUGUUCUUGUUAUUUUCCAUUUGUACAGAGUACAUCCCAAUUUGGCUUCUUGGGUUUUGCCUUUGCCUACUCGUUAAAUCAAUGGGAAUCAUGGAUUAAACCAGCA